CUAUUUCAUAGCAAAUGAACAGUAUACAUUAUUCAGCAUGGAUAACCAGCAUAGACGAGAUCCGCAAGUAGCGGACGAUUUAUACAACCAUGGACUAAAUACGAACCAUGCAUCGUCACAAAAUGGACAAUCAAAUUCCACGAGGCAUGCUUCAUGUAGCCAAAUGGAUAUACCACGAUUAUCAACCUCUCUACCGCCGCCUUAUGGCUUACACCAUAUUCCGCAGAUGGCCUUUGACCCUGCUUUAUAUUCAUCAAUGCCAAGGACAAUGUUGCCAACUUACCAUCCAGAAAUACUGAAUCAAUCCAGUUCCCAGCUGCCUAUAUCUAGUUCAAACCGGUUGAAUCCACUUUUUCUUGUCAGCUCGAAUGAUAACAAUAAUUGCAACAGAGCUAGAGCGGCCUCACAUUCCACUGUUCUUGAGAUGCAGCAGAGCACUUCAGCUACAGCGGCACAUCUACCUUUCUGUCCGAUUCCGACAUACUUACCAAACCCGUACUACGAUCCUCACAAGUAUCCAGAUCCAUCAACAUGUCGCAGGAACUCAACUACAUCAGCUUUUUCAAACCCCCACGGGACAACUGGGUCACAUAUUCCCCUGUACCCCCCGGGAACGAAUUUCCAUCUCCCAUAUGUAGCCCCACAUUACGAUUAUAUUCUGAACCGUCACCAACCACCGCCUUAUGCUUCUUAUAAAGGAAUCUAUCCGCAACCGCACUCAAUUCAAACCCCAGUUAGACGGGAUCGGUACAGUGUUGGAGGCCCGUUACCGACAUCCGAGAUUAUUUCCAAUGAAACUACAAUAAGGCGACGUAACUCGAUACCAACCACACUAGAAGUUGUUCAGGUAUCGGACGGAAGUUCGGAAGAUCCCGCAACGACGACGUCAGUUGAUGAGGACGAAGAUGACGAGGAUGAUGAUGAUGUGUUCGAUUCUUCGACUCCUGUCACCGCCCCUCACAGUGCAACUGACCCAGCGUCUUACCUGGAACAACUACGAGAGUCGAGAAAACGAGCAUUGAGUGGAGGCAAUAUGAUGUCACAAUCAAAAUACCUAUGUCAAGAUAAUUCCAAUCUCUACCCUAGAGCAAGAUUCCGCGGACGCUUAACGCGGGUGGAAUACGACCCGAAUGCUUCUGACGAACAGAAAACUCGCCUUUUUAAUCGAGAGAGUGCUUUUGCAAAACCUAUACAAAUGGAGACUGACAUUCCUGGAACGUCUGCUAUGCAAAUACCUAAAGUUCAAAUUCUCGUUGAUGACCAAGAAAGAAGCAAUGAUGCCAAAGCUGGGAAUACUAGCGGGAAAGUAAUAAAAGAUUCUAAAUCAGAAGACGCGAGUCUAUCCGUGUCGAAAUCUUCAAUUCCUGAUAAAUCGACACACUCUCUUCGAGUCAUAUCUGCAGCCCCAAGAACUCUCACCCCCAGCCCGUCCAUUUUAAAAAAAUCCAAAAUACGACUGAACCGGAACAAUCAUGUGACUUCCUCUUCCGGUGACAAAGGUGAAAGUUCAUCUGAAACAGUACGACAAAAAACUUUCCGGCCUAAAAAGCAAGUCGCAUGGAAAGAUGAUCUGAAGCCUACAAAAAAAGACAUUUGUGAUGAAAUAAUAACUCCAAUGAAGCAUGACCUACUUUCAGAACAAAAUUUAUUAAAAAUUAAAAAGAACCCGAGUGUCUUUACAUGCAAAAACAGAAUUGGGCCGUAUGUUUUUGGCCCGUUGUUUGGUGCCUCCCCGGUCCGCAGUAUUUCACAAUAUUUAGUUCGCAAAGAAAACACGUUCAAGUACUACAUGGCGAAAGUUUUGAAUAUGGGGGGAAAUUCUGUCGAUGAUAGAAGUGGACGAAUGUUACUUUAUUCCGAAUACUCCUUGUUAACUUUACUGAAAAAUCAUCCAGGUGUCAUCAGAGAGCACGGGUUCCAUAAAGACAUGACUUUUGACCCCAAAACCGGCCGAGUACAAGAACGUCUUUGUCUUAUUCUUGAUUGUUUGUCUCCUCACGAAUUUGACGAGUCCACCAUAGAUUGUUUGAACCUGCAACAACAUGUCAUAAAAGUUAAACGCUUGAGUGAACGCGAAACAAUAAGGAUUUUUACCUCUAUUGUCGAAGUUAUGCAUUCGCUACAUCAAAUGAACGUUGUUCACAGAGAUCUCAAACUUGGGAACAUGGUAUUUCUUCGGAAAUCUCACAAAGUUAUUCUGACUAAUUUUUGUCUUGGGCGGCAUCUCAUGUCAGAUGGUGAACUACUCAAAGACCAGCGAGGGAGCCCGGCUUAUAUCAGCCCAGAUGUUCUCAGUGGCAAGCCAUAUGCAGGAAAGCCGAGUGAUAUGUGGUCACUAGGUGUCGUUUUGUUCAUGAUGUUGUACGGACAAUUCCCAUUCUACGACCAGGAACCCCCCAAGUUGUUCAAGAAGAUUAAAAAAGCAGAUUUUGUCAUCCCAAGCAAUCCCCACACGACUUCUCAAAUUAACGACAUUAUCCGAGGAUUAUUGACCCUUGACCCAACUCAGCGAUUGACGGCAAGCGAAACGUUGGUAGCGUUGAAACAAUGUGCCUGGGCAUGGAGUGACGCCCGGUACUCUACCAUUGAUGCUCAGGUAGUUCCUGACGUGGAUAACGUGGAGUCGGAAGACGAUGAUAAACAGAAAAAAGAUGAAGAAGAUGAAAAAUAUGAAGAAGCCAAAUUGACAGAAGAAUUCAGACUAAAAAUGCUGAGUUAUGAGGAGAAUGACUCAACAGAAAACAGGAAUGAAGGUUUUGGACGCAGGACAUAUCAAUCAACAUUGCCAACAAUCCAGCAUUGCCCUUACGACGCUCGCCCUUUAACGGAGAAUGAGAUUGCGUUACAUCGACAGUUACUUGUAAAUUCAACACUUGGUGUCAGGGUGCAAGGAACUACGUAAUAAAAUAAGCAGGAAAAGAAAUAUUAUUUUGUCGAUCAGAAUAAAAUGUUGCCCUGAUGAUAUAAAAAGGGGGAAGCUAUCAUUCUUUGGUUGAUCAUAAUCAUUUCCGGGGCUCCCGCAGUAUGCGAACCAAGAUGGCGAACAUCGGAAUGUAAUAUGUGUACUAGGUUUAGCGUUAGGCCAUAAUUUUAGAUAAAAAUACUACGGAAGGCUCUUGGCUAGUCUUCGAACUGAUAAUAGGACUAAAAUAAGGAAAAUUGGAAAAAAAUUAUCGCCUAACCCUAACCUGUUACCCAUGUUACGUUCCGAUGUCCGCCAUCUUGGUUCGCAUACUUGGGAGCACCUCAUUUCCUUGUCGAUCAUUUUAUUUACACUCUUGGUGGGGAGUUAGGAAUAGGGUUUGAGUUUAAUCUGUGCUUAAUAGAAACUUUGACUAUUAGGCGGAAGGCUCAUCACUGACAUGAGCAAACCACGGCCCAGCGGGCCAAAUCGGGCUUGUUGGGUAUUUCAAUCUGUCCCACCUGAUGCUGCCCUAAAAUUAAAUUAUGAUGUUUUAGCUAAAAAAUAGCUUAAAGAAUUUGUUGAGAUUGCGAUUAGAUAUAGAUCUAGCACAAGGCUUCUUAUUUUCCAUUUUUGCUUUUGUAACACUGUAAAUAUUGUUUAUAAAAUGUAACUAGGUUGGCAAAAUUGUCGGUCCCUGGUCCAAUAACCGUGCCCACCACUGGCUUAGCAUCAUUCACCAGCUGGCUGGUAUAACAGCAUUUUUUCUUCUUAUUUUUUUUCCGUAUUUCUGUUGCUGAAUGUUGUUCCAUUUGUUAUGUUGCACUUUUUAUAGAUUUUUGUAUUUUCAUUUUUGAACUGCAAUUUUUAGAAGGUGUUUAUCAUAUCUGAACAUGGCUCUGAACUACUUAAGUGUCAUGGAAAUUCAUUGUUGCAAAAUGUUACUGUUGCUUAUGUAUAAAGUUUGGUACUCCCAAAGUAUGUGAACCAAGAUGGCGGACACCGGAACGUAGUAUGUGUACCAGGUUAGGGUUAGGCCAUAGUUUUAGGUACAAAUACUACGGGAGUCACUUGGCUAGUCCCCAAAUUCGUAAUAGAAUUAAAAUAAGGACAAUUGGUAUAAAAUUAUGUCCUAACCUUUACUGGGUACACGUACUACAUUCCAGUGUCAUCUUGGUUCACAGACUAAGGUGUGUGCUCAUUCUUAAUUCAUCAACUUUUCGUCCUUUUAUAAUUUAGUGUAAAAUGAACUUGAUUUGCGUCUGUACAGCAAACUCUCUUCCUUUUGGCGAAAAUUUUGUUUUGCUGGGCUUAUUUUAUGAAUAUUGUAAUGAACAGUUUCUUCUGACCUACCCAGACUUAACGACUGAAAAAAUUUACCAUCGCCAAUCUUGAUUGGCUGUGAGCUCUCGCCCACCUAACGCUCAGUGCACCUACUGAAAAACUUUUCAAAACGAACUUCAGUUAUGGGAACCUCUUUUUUUCCUAAUUGUGUAAACCUAAGAUGUCUCCCUGUCAUUCAGGAGUUAUUAACACACAUUUCUACGCUACAAUUCGUAAAUCUCAGUGGUUCAUGGCGUUUUGCCUUGCUCUAGCUUUGCUCGGUUCCAUUUUUAUUUUGGUGUGGAUGCACAUGAUCUUGCUUCGAGCAAAUCUCCCUAAAAAAGUUUUAUGAAAUUGGA